AUGUCCCGCCGCAAGGCCGGCUGCAUCCCCCGCCGCGUGGAGCUCGAGCCCGCCGCCGCCGCCGUCUCGGACAACGACGACGACAUGGAGCUGGUCAUCGAGGUGGACCCCGAGCCGGGCGCGCGGCCCCCGCAGGCCCAGGGGCCGCGCUGGAAGGAAGUGGCCGCGCCUCCUCCGGGGUGCUCGGACCGCGAACCCCGCUUCUGCCUCGAGGCUUCCGUCCACGCCCUGAGCGCGCGCCCCAAGUGCAGGGCCGCCCUGAUGGAUGAUCGCCCGGCCGACCGCCAGGCCUGCCCCGAGAAACACCCCGAUCUGCUGACCUGCGGCCGCUGCCUGCAGGCCUUUCCGUUGGAGGCCAUCACGCUCUUCAUGGACCACAAGAAACUGGGGUGCCCGCUCUCCCGAGGCCCCAGCCUCUGCCAGCGUUCAGAUCACCCUGAUGACCUGAAACCUCUGAGCUGUCUCCGCUGUGGCCGCCAGUUCACGGGCGCCUGGAAGCUGCUGCGCCACGUCCAGUGGGACCACGGCCUGUCCAUCUACCAGACAGAGCCGCAGAGCCCCGAGGCGCCGCUGCUGAGCCUGGCCGAGGUGGCCUCCGCCGUAUCAGCCGUGAUCACCCCACCACUGAUCACCCCACCACCGGAUGCCGAGGCCAAGGGGCGCCUGGGGCGUCGGAGCCCCACCUGCCCGGUGUGCACCAAGACCCUGAGCUCCUUCAGCAACCUCAAGGUGCACAUGCGUUCGCACACAGGCGAGCGGCCCUACGUGUGCGACCAGUGUCCCUACGCCUGCGCCCAGAGCAGCAAACUCAACCGCCACAAGAAGACGCACCGCCAGCCGCCAUCCCCGAACCCCUGCCCAGCGCACUCCGUGAGCCAGGAGCAAUCGGCCGCCGCCGCCACUGCCCCUCCGGAGCCUGCGGUGCAUGCCGCUGCCCCUGCCAGCAGUGCACCCCGGCCCAGCAGCAGCGGUGGGGAAGGAGCCGGCCCUGCGGCCACAGCCGGGCUCCAGGAACCUGGAGCACCAGGGCUGGGGGCGCAAGCAGGCCCCAGCUGGAAUGUUUGGAGCUCUGCCCCCCAGGAACAGAGCCUGGACCCUGUGCCGCUGAGCCCUAGUGUCUUGCCCAAGAAGGCGCCCAAGUCCUCUGGGGUCAAGAGGCGCGGGCUGGGAGGCAGCUGUGAGUUCUGCGGGAAGCACUUCACCAACAGCAGCAACCUGGCCGUGCACCGGCGCUCGCACACCGGCGAGCGGCCCUACGUCUGCGAGCUCUGCCCCUAUGCCUGCGCGCAGAGCAGCAAGCUCAACCGCCACCGCCGCAUGCACGGCCUGGGCACCGGUGGCCCGCGCUUCGCCUGCCCUCACUGCCACGUGCCCUUUGGCCUGCGCGCCACCCUGGACAAGCACCUGCGGCAGAAGCACCCCGAGGUGGCCGGGGAGGUCUGA